ACAAUUACUCUUUUGCUAAAGUAUUCAUAUUUUUUUUCUGAAAUAUUCUGAGGUAAGAGGAACCCGAAUUUCUUUUUUCUUAAUUCAUUCUAAUGAUCAUAAAAACUGUCACUUACAUAAUAUGAUGAAAUCUAGAAAAAGUUACAACUGUAAUACUGUAGGUCAUCAUAUUCUGGAGAAAUCUUGAUAAUUCAUUUAAAUAAAUAACAUAUGGAUCACUCUAGACGAAACAUAAUGAAAAUCAAUUAUUCAUGAAACCUCUCACUAUAUAAUUUCAAAAGAAACAUGCAAUAACUUAUAAAAUGUUUUCAAUCAAAAGUUCUUUUUAGUUAUUUUUACUUUAAACUUUUAAACGUUUGACUUUUCCCGGAAAGAAUUUUUGAAAAAUGUCUAUUUAAAGCGCAUUUUUUUCCUUGUAGAGAUAUUCCCUGGUAGACCUUAUAAAAUACGGCAGUUAUACUGCAUAGUUAAACUAAUUUUUUAAAAUCAUUUUAUAAUUUUCUUUUCUAAAAUAACAUUUUUCUUUUAAUCUUUGAGGAAAAAAAAACGAAAAUGAAAUCGAAAUAUGAGAUAAUUUUAGCAUUGUUGAAUAUUUUUAUUAAUACUGCUACCUGCAGUACUGAGUGCCGAAGACCGGAUGGUGUCCCUUGUUGCUAUAAUGAAUAUUUUGACGUUGACAAUAAAACUUAUAAAGAAAAUACGAAGAUAUCAGCAGUAACAGAGAAGCAUAAAACAAUCAACGAGAGAACCAAACUAAGAGUAAACACAAGCACAGCCCCCAAAGUGUUCAAGUUGGAGAAAAUCAGUCACUUUAUUUCAAUCGAUUCAACAAAAACUAGGUCACGUGUGUCUACAAUAGACAAGUCAACCCUAGGAUCCUCGACUAUGAAGAUGUCUUCGGUGAAAGGGACAACAGAUCAUAAGCAUGAAAAUACGAAGAUGUCAGCAGUAACAGAGAAGCAUAAAACAAUCAACGAGAGAACCAAACUUAGAGUAAACACAAGGAGAGAAUCAAAAGUUAUCAUCUUAUCCAUGGAUGUAACGUCUUGGCCACAUGUUUCAGAAGAAAAUCCAAAACGUUAUACUGUGAACAGUGAAAACAGUGGAAAGGAGUUACAGCAGAUAUCUAGUCAUCUACAGUUGAUAACCAUCUCCUUAUUUAUGAUAUUUGGCUGUGUCGUCAUUCUAAUUCCUCUCCUGGUGUAUUACACAAAGAAGCGUAACAGAAGAACAGAAUUUCCUAUCGGAUUAAAGCAGGUGUGCACACACAACAUGAAUGCUCUUCAUCUUACCGGAACAAUGGAGCGAGGGUAUACUCCACUGUCACACCGGGAACGUCGGCUUAGGAGUGGGCGACAGUCUGACUACAGUACCCCACAAAGGAAUGGGAGACAGUCCGACUACAGUACACCACAAAAUCUUGAACAAUAUACAAACUCUCUCUAAUCUGAUGCUAUAAAUAUCCGACAUGAAAAAACUAGCAUAUAUUAAUGGACAUAAUAUGACUUAAAAUACGUGGCUCAAAUAUUAGUCUCCUUGGCAUGGUCUGGAAGUCAUUCUUUCUGAACACUGCACCAUUUAUAACUAUUCUUAAUCUGAAAUCCUAUAAAAUAUAAAUUCUGAUUGAUAUUUGGUGAACUUCCCAUGAGAGCAUGAGAAAUCACCAAACUCGGGUAAAGUUUUAUAUUUAGACUAAGGUUGCAAUUAGCAGUAGAGAUGUUUAAUUGUUACAUCGCUCACAUUGAUAUAUUACCAGAAAAACGUUAAUAGUUGUUCAGCAGCAAAAACUGUAUGAUAAUCGUGAGGACCUCAAUUUCAUUCGUCAAAUUUCCUUCAUAUGUAGUUAUAUGCCAUAAUCAUCUGUAUAUUUGAUUUUAUCUCCCAGAUAACACAAAAAAAUAAGCAUGUUCUUCACACAAACAUUUUUUAAACGAGAUAAGCUCUUUAAAAACAUGUUGUUUAAAGUCAUCAUUUCACAAGAUCUAUGGUCAAAAGAAUGACAUUUUUAGCAAAUAUAAUAUAUCAUCAGUUGAAUGCUGACUU